CGCGGCUCUCGACUCUAUAUAAUGCGACCCGUUUCGUCUACGAUGCGUGCCCACGCUAAAGUUUUUACUUUGCUCCGAGUGUGAUUCGAGCGUUAUUGCCUUCCCAAAACUAAAGUUACCGCAGACCCCAAUCUCAGUACUCGAAACCCAAGAGACAUGACGAAGUUGGUGGCCAAAGUGGAGGUACAUGACGAAAGACAAAAGAGGAAGGCCAUGCAAGUAGUUUCUAGUUUUGGAGGGAUUGGAUCUCUGUCUAUGGACCUAAAGGAGAACAAACUAACGGUAUCUGGCGAAUUCGACCCGGUCAAGGUGGUGAGCAAACUGAGGAAAUCUUGGCGCACAGAAAUCUUGAGCGUCGGGACGGGCAAAGAAGAUGAGGGCAAGAAAGACGACGAGGGCAAGAAGAACGAAGAUCUCGCUAAAGCCUUGCAAACGUACUAUUCUACGCCGAUCACAUAUUACUAUGUGCCCCACGAAGAACCCCCGAGUUGUGUCAUAUGUUAAAAUUGUUUGUGCUUCCAGACCCAGUCAGGACAUGGUUUGUGCGCUAGAGAGGAUUGACUAAGGAAGGUUGAUUAUGCCCUAUGAACACGAGCAUGUGGAGUACCUUUUUUAGAAUAUUAGCUUUUUAGUGUCUUUCCGUUUUUCGUGUGUACAUAGGGUAUCCACGUAGAGAGAUAAGUGUGUAGUUGAGGAACUCAAGGUAUGAAAGAGCCAUGCCUGAGAUUCCUUUAGCAGCUUGUUGUCAUAAUUUAGCCUCACAAUCCUGUGGAGGGUAUCCUGUUGAAUUAUAUAAGAUUCUCAAAAAGAGAGUAAGUUCAGAUACUGAAUUUGAUCCA